AUGGGGCGUGGAUUUCUAAGACUCAACACUCUGGAUCCAAGGAGUGAUUUUACAAGACAGUCAGAUUUGAAGUUUUCAAGUAAUGUGUUAGCUCUAUGCCCUGCAGCGCCGUUAAGUAGCACUGGACGAGAUAGCUCGGUAAGAGAUCCUAAAUUAAUCCACGAUCCGGGCUUGUCAGCCAAAAGUGCGCAUCUCAGGUUGACCAACCUGGCGCCGAAACACCUGCGACGCAUCACCUCUUGGUACCUACCAGGGUCGUCAACCGGUAUCUCUGGUGAGCUCAAGCAACUCACCGACAACACGACCCCGCAAACUGCGCGUGAACUUGCUAGCAGCAUGCAGGAGAUCACGAAGUAUAUAUGGGUUUGA